GGGCUGGCGUGGCGGUGGCUCCGGGGUUAUCUGCGGCUCCGCUGCCGAGCAGGGCGGGCUCUGGCUCCUCCCAGUGGCCGGCUGGGGCGGAAGCAGGAGGCGGGGGUAGCGUGCGCGCUGCUGGUCUCCUCUGCCAAGGCGCUGGGGCCCGCGCUCUGUGGCUGCAGCUCGGUUCGGCGCUUCGUAGGCGGUCGGCUUCUCUCUGCACCGUGUGCUCCGCGAUCAGGCCUCCCUCUCAGCCUCGGCCCACGGCGCCGACCCUUCCGGCACCCUCCCGCCCCGUCUCGUACUCUCGCCGCCACCGCCGUGGCCCCGGCCCCGAUGGCUCUGUGCAACGGAGACUCCAAGCUAGAGAAUGCUGGAGGAGACCUUAAGGAUGGCUGCCACCAUGAAGGAGCCGUUGUCAUUCUGGAUGCUGGUGCUCAGUACGGGAAAGUCAUAGACCGAAGAGUGAGGGAACUAUUCGUGCAGUCUGAAAUCUUCCCCUUGGAAACACCAGCAUUUGCCAUAAAAGAACAAGGAUUCCGUGCUAUUAUCAUCUCUGGAGGGCCCAAUUCUGUGUAUGCAGAAGAUGCUCCCUGGUUUGAUCCAGCAAUAUUCACUAUUGGCAAGCCUGUUCUUGGAAUUUGCUACGGCAUGCAGAUGAUGAAUAAGGUAUUUGGAGGUACUGUACACAAAAAAAGUGUUAGAGAAGAUGGAGUCUUCAGCAUUAGUGUGGAUAAUACAUGCUCUUUAUUCAGGGGUCUUCAGAAGGAAGAAAUUGUUUUGCUUACACAUGGAGAUAGUGUAGACAAAGUAGCUGAUGGAUUCAAGGUUGUGGCGCGUUCUGGGAACAUUGUAGCAGGUAUUGCAAAUGAAUCUAAAAAAUUAUAUGGAGUACAAUUCCACCCUGAAGUUGGCCUUACAGAAAAUGGGAAAAUAAUACUGAAGAAUUUCCUUUAUGAUAUAGCUGGGUGCAGUGGGAACUUCACUGUGCAGAACAGAGAACUUGAGUGCAUUAGAGAGAUCAAAGAGAGAGUAGGCACGUCAAAAGUUUUGGUUUUACUCAGUGGUGGAGUGGACUCAACAGUUUGUACAGCUUUGCUAAAUCGUGCUUUGAACCAAGAUCAAGUCAUUGCUGUGCACAUUGAUAAUGGCUUUAUGAGAAAACGAGAAAGCCAGUCUGUUGAAGAGGCCCUCAAAAAGCUUGGAAUUCAGGUCAAAGUGAUAAAUGCUGCUCAUUCUUUCUACAAUGGAACAACAACUCUACCAAUAUCAGAUGAAGACAGGACCCCACGAAAAAGAAUUAGCAAGACGUUAAAUAUGACUACAAGUCCUGAGGAGAAAAGAAAAAUCAUUGGGGAUACUUUUGUUAAGAUUGCUAAUGAAGUAAUUGGAGAAAUGAACCUGAAACCAGAGGAGGUUUUCCUUGCCCAAGGUACUUUACGGCCUGAUCUAAUUGAAAGUGCAUCUCUUGUUGCAAGUGGCAAAGCUGAACUCAUCAAAACCCAUCACAAUGACACAGAACUUAUCAGAAAGUUGAGAGAAGAGGGAAAAGUAAUAGAACCUCUGAAAGAUUUUCAUAAAGAUGAAGUGAGAAUUUUAGGCAGAGAACUUGGACUUCCAGAAGAGUUAGUUUCCAGGCAUCCAUUUCCAGGUCCUGGCCUGGCAAUCAGAGUAAUAUGUGCUGAAGAACCUUAUAUUUGUAAGGACUUCCCUGAAACCAACAAUAUUUUGAAAAUAGUAGCUGAUUUUUCUGCAAGUGUUAAAAAGCCACAUACACUAUUACAAAGAGUCAAAGCCUGCACAACUGAAGAGGAUCAGGAGAAGCUGAUGCACAUUACAAGUCUGCAUUCACUGAAUGCCUUCUUGCUGCCAAUUAAAACCGUAGGUGUGCAGGGUGACUGUCGUUCCUACAGUUAUGUUUGUGGAAUCUCCAGUAAAGAUGAGCCUGACUGGGAAUCUCUUAUUUUCCUGGCUAGGCUUAUACCUCGUAUGUGUCACAACAUUAACAGAGUUGUCUAUAUAUUUGGUCCACCAGUAAAAGAACCUCCUACAGAUGUUACUCCCACUUUCCUGACAACAGGCGUGCUCAGUACUUUACGCCAAGCUGAUUUUGAGGCCCAUAACAUUCUCAGGGAGUCUGGAUAUGCUGGCAAAAUCAGCCAGAUGCCAGUGAUUUUGACACCAUUACAUUUUGAUCGGGACCCACUUCAGAAGCAGCCUUCAUGCCAGAGAUCUGUGGUUAUUCGAACCUUUAUUACUAGUGAUUUCAUGACGGGUAUACCUGCAACACCUGGCAAUGAGGUCCCUGUAGAGGUGGUGUUAAAGAUGGUCACUGAGAUUAAGAAGAUUCCUGGCAUUUCUCGAAUUAUGUAUGACUUAACAUCAAAGCCCCCAGGAACUACUGAGUGGGAGUAAUAAACUUCUUAUUCUGUUAAAGUACUGUGUGCAGUUUAAAUUGAUUAGAAAUCAUUCCCAAUAUUGACAUGCAGUACUGUGAAGAGUUACUGAAGCAGCUACAUCACACCUGAGUUCUCCACAACAAAAAUCUAUAGCUUUAAGAGCUGAACUGGGAUAACUAAAAGGCACUGCAGAGUUGUACGGGUCAAUAAUCAAAGCACCAUUGUCUACACUUAGAUUGAUACUGCUUUGGCCUUUGCCUCACUUGUUCUUUAUGUAUAAACUCACUAUUGCUAUCAAUGUCUCUGUCUAUGAAGGUGUAUGAAGGUUGGUGAAUUUGGGGGUAGUAAAUGGGCUUCUAUCUCCUUUCUAAGAGCUGUUAGAAAUGCUCAUUAUUUACCAGUGUGACUUACUAUGUAUACCUUUUGGAGAUUCUGAGUUUUCUUAUAAGUAACCUUAUUUCUGCAAAGGGUGAGGGAGAAAAUAUAGCUGGGCUAUUCUGGCCACUUUUGCAGGACACUGGGGCUAUAAAGGUAAGAUACCUUAAGAUGGAAAAGCACUUAGAAUUUGUAUUUUUAGAAUUUUAUGAUAUCGCAGCCAUGGGAAGAAGAAACUAUGAUUGAUCUCAAAUGUCUAUGAAUGUUCUUAAAAUGUUUUCAGACCAGGUUCCACAUAGGUACCAUGUCACUCACUGUCAGCUUGUUCAUUAGUAAGGAGCUUUGUCCUCCCAGCCUUAUAUUACCAGCUCCCACAGCCUUCCAUAGAGAGUUGCUGUUCUCUUCCCAGAAGAGGCUGUCUCAGUGAUGUAUGUGGUGUAGUGCAGAUAGAGUUCAAGAGGAGACUUUUAAUCUCGUGUGGCUGUCAGAGGAGCAGCUCUGAGAUCACAAAGCUAUGAUGCAUGCCCACAACUUAUAAAAGGGAGAGGAAAAGUGCUUCUGUCGUUUAGUAAAGAGUUGUAAAAUGAACUCUUAGAUUUAAUCUAUAGACAGAUUUAGUACUCACUGCUCAGAAGUCUGUGACCAGUCUUGAUCCAUGCAAGGUAUUUGCCAAACUUUUUAAUGCUUUCUAACAGUUAUGAGAGAGGAUCUAAGAAUUAGUGCAGGACUUUUUGCUAAUGCCACCAGUUUCUAACAAAUCCUUUAUAACAUUCGUAUAAGCACUAUAAAAAUAGACAGUAGUAGACCAGUUCUGCAGCCAAUUUAUUAUUUCUCUCAGUAUUUUAGCUAAGAAUAUUACUGUGUGUUUCUCUUACCAAUUCCAUCUCAGGUUGCUGCCUCUUACCUAGUAUAAAAAGUCUUUUAAUCAGGUACAAAAUUUUAUUUGGGAUUCAGUGUUAGAUAAACAACAAAAUGAUGCAUGUCAGAAGUCAUCUUUUCAUUCUGGCUGGUCCAGAGAACAAGAAAAUUGCUGCUGGACCGGCAAAGGAAGAGCUUCUGUCUAUUGUUAACAGACAUCUGUACCCGAGACAAAGGAGUACUUGACUUCAGUAAAACUUGAAGGGUUUAUUCUCUACCCUGAUGAGAAGGUACUCAUAGUGACCUUCAGUAAAAGAGGAUAUGUUAGUGAUUUGGUCUUAGCAGAUUUAGGGUCAUGUUAUUUUAGAGCUAGAAUAGCCUAUAAGAUGCUUACUAACAUGUGUCAAUACAUAAUUACGUGAUGUGAAAAAAUUCCUUUUCUAACAAAAGUGUUUUAUGAUUUUGUAUUCAAGCAGAUAGUAUGAAUAUAGGAGAAACAUAGCGAGAAUCUUUUUCCCUUAAGUAUGUCCUAUGGAACAUCAUUUCUCUGAGAUAUAGUCCAUGUUAAAAAAAAGGUUAGGUGGUCAUAUAAGUUUGGGAAGUACUGCUCACUUGUCCUCCUGCCUUGGAGAUUCAUGGCACACAUUAUAUUUAAAGCUCUGAGAAAUUUUAAAGUUAAAAGCAAUUGUUGAAUUUUGCUUAACCUAGUGUUUUCUUGAUAUUUGUCCAUUAAACACCUUUUUAUGUCAUCCUUCUUAAUACUGGAAAAAUGAUUUCUCCAGAACACACCUUGACAUGAUAUAGUUUUUUUUUAAAAAAACUAAAUUUUCUGGAAUUCAGCAAUUUCCCAAUAUCUAGUCCCCUGUUGUUUUUGCACAGCAGUUUUUGCUUCGUGACUCUAUACUUUGACAGUAUUUGACGUGAGCCACAGAGAAAAGUUAUUAAGGUUGUAGUUCCGUUUCAUAGUUAAGGAAACAAGCUUAGCUUAGGAUGGUUGCCUAAUGAGUUUCAGAAUUAAAUGUCAAGUUUUAUUAGUCUGAAUUGUCCUUUCAUUAAACGUAUUCUGGCAUUUAAAAUUACAUAAAUUUAUGGGAUGGUCAUUUCUGACCAAGACUAGAAUGGUGGCUACCUGGCUAAUAUUUAUCAUUGGUUAUCCUGGGCAGAGUAUGACUUCAUUCCCAUUGCUUAUCACCUACCUGGGCCACCUCUCUAUUUAAUUAAGUAUAUUUUGUUUCUUUAUAGUUAUUGGAUAGGAGGAAGGCAGAUCAGUGAAAGCAUCAUUUAUUCCCAGGUUUAGGAGGCACAAAGGAAUUUUCAAGAACCAAAUGUCUAGUUCUGCCGUAAUGGCCCCAUCUGUAUGAUCAUCAGUGCUGUUAGAAAUAAUAUAGCCUGGCACAAUUUCUGAGUACAGGUCUUUAAAGAUGUAUCCAGGAGAUAAGGUUACACUAUUUUCUGAUCUUUUUUUGCCUCUUAAUCUUGAGAUAGCCACAUGUGUGUAGCCGAACAAGCAUAAAAGUUUGUUACCUUGCUCUGUUUGGGCUUGCCUCUUGACAGCCUGUUUUACUGAAUAACUUGACUGUAACUUCUAGAGAAUGAGGGCAUUCCAAUUAGAUAAACAGGACUGUCCAUCUUUAGUGCUUUGCAAUGCCAUUAAACAGCUGUAUGAACUUGGUGAAGUCAUUUCUGUUUAUCUGUAAGAUGAGGCAACUGGAUUAAAUUUUCAACAAAUUCAGCCUUAAGUUCUUUCAUGAAUAAUAAGGAAAAGCGUAGCAGGAGACAGAAUGGAGAAACUGAGUAGUUUUUUUAAAAGUUCCUUUAACAUCAGAUAUGACCCAGUCAAAGGUAAACAUCAAAAUGCAUUUAAAGUUAAAUAUUACUUUUUUUGAAGCUUUGAUAUAGAUCAGUGAGGUUUGACCACUUGAGAAUCUUCUGCUAUGAGAUGACACUUGAAAAAUACCCAUCAAAGUGUUACUGGUGGCAUUCUCUUUACUGUGUGUUUUUGGAAAAACUGACAGAGUAUGCUCGGCUCUGAGACUGAGGAAAAGUAUUUCAUCAUCAGUUAUAUAUAGCUAAUUGCUGGCAGAGCUGGAGCUAGAAUCCAGGCUUUCUGAUUCUCUGCAUUGAAGAGUUAAUGCUCUAAGGUCCUUCAAGGCAAGAUUUAAAAGGAAGUUCCUCAUGUGUAAUCGGCCAUCAGAACUAAAUGUAAUUCCAAAGUGUUAAUCAUCUCCUGAGUUACAGUAAGUGAUUUCUGGAGAUAGCACUAUCUUUCAGAAAUUCUGACAUCUCAUGCACAGUGUUAUAACCCUGCUUCUUUUUACCUUUCUGUGUAACUCCUUUCCACUACUCCCCAUACUCCUCCUCUCCCCAGAAUUUUCAUUGGAAUGUGACAAAGACACAACUUAGCUGUUACCUCAGUGAUUGGUCCUUUCAUUGGCCCAAAUCCAGAAUGUAAUGGGAAACAAUACGGGUUGGAUGUCUCCUUGGAAAGCACCCCUUUUGUCCUUAUGGAGGUAGUUUUUAACUACACCAGGUGAUAGAGGGAACCAGGUACCUUUUUCAUUACUGUAGGGCUUUCAUGGCUCUUAUAUUUCUGAACAUUUCAUGUAAUGACAAGUGAGAUUUGGAAUCUCUCAAGUGUCAGGAUGCCAACUCCCAACCAUAGUCUUAUAUACUGAAGAUGCCCACGUAUUCCACUGUUAGCCUUUUUGUCAGUGGAUCUAAACCCUGGAUGUUUGUUAGUACCUGAGAAGUUUAAGACACAUGCACACACACACAAUGCUCAGACCUCCAACUAAUAAAGUUAGAAUCUGGGUGUGUAACACAAGAAUUUUAAAUCUACCAGCCAGAAUAAAUUGUUAUUGAGGGACAGACCUGAUCUAUCUAGUUACAGUUUAAAAUCUUAGUCACACCUAUAGGUGAGGAAUGUGGGCCACAGAAACUGUCUUGCUAAAGGUUUCAUAGCCAGAUUAGGUCAGAUCUGGGGAUCAAAUUCUGGAACUGAUUUUACCUAUACUUUGUUGUAGGUUGGAUGCUCCAAGGGCCUGUUUGGUAAUAUUUAGGACAGCUGUUGUAAUCAUUGCAGGUGUUGACGUCUAUGCAACAACUGCGCUGGCCUUUUCUCUCUUCCAACCUCUUCCUAUUCCUUUUGCUCUUUCUUUAAAGAGGAUAAAUCUGCUCCUGUGCUGCAGCCACCUUUACAAUUCUGACUAUAGCUAGAUCAGUAAGACUGAGCUGUUACUGCACCAACUCAGAAAUCCUUCUGGGGGCUGUGUCAUUUGAAUAUCAUUCUUUAAAGAACUAGAGAUUAUCUACCUGCAACCUGAAUUUCCUGAAUUAGAGUCAUUUGAGCAGCACCUCUUAAUUUACCCAUCAGAGUCUUUGUUCACUGGUGACCCUGUGGUAUCUUUCGACUUAAGUUCCCUUGCUUAGCAAAAUCAUGAGACCUUAGGGAGUGAGUCCAUUUCUCGGAUAUAUUAAAUGCAAUAGCUCCCAAAUCCUCGAGUGUUUAGGAAGCCUGAACCUUGAAUAAUCCAAGUAAGAGAAUAUACCUUUGGAGGAUACAGAUUUUUAAGCUAAGUAAGUUUCUGCCUUUGCAUCUGCUGUGGUCAUUGUUACAACCCUCGCAUUAAAUGAAGAAGUAAAUGUAAACCUCCUUUUGAACAUACUUUUUAUAAAGAAAUAUUUUGUUUAUUUGAGUAAGUAGUACAGUGUGAAGUCACUAUGUAAUUGUUCAUGGUAUACUGCAAUGUCUAUUUUAUGUUGUGGUAACAAUGUUGGCAUAAAAUAGCUUUGCUAAAUUAACGCGAAAUGACUUUAAUCCCUUUUGUCUUCAGUAUACUUCAUAAAGGAGGAAACAGCUUUCAUAAUUUGUCAUGAAGCUUCAGUGUUUAUGAGAAGUCUGAGAAGCAGGAGCAAAGAGAACAGACAUUAUCAUGAUAUGGAAAAUGAGAAGUUGCAUCAGGGGUUUCUGGGUAAUAAUCUGUUCCCCUUAUGUAUAUAUAUAGGAGGAUGUCAGCAUUUUUCCCAGUGUUAACAGCGGACAUAAUGGACAUAAACAUUGGGUAGCUUUUUAGUUAAAUGAUCAGCUAAAGGUGUGUGCGUUCACGUGUGCUUCUAAAAUUAAAGUCAUAUGUGUAUGUACACACAAA